GAAGAGUUCAACAUUAACUAACGCGAACCUGUGUUCUACUCUGGAAUAAAAUAUUCUGGAAUAAAAUAAAUAAGAAAUAUUUUACGCAUUUCUUUCCAAUCAUUGUAGUAGAAUAUGUACAUUACAAUCCUUAAAUCUUAAUAUUAUUCAAGUGUAACCAUUGGUAAGACCUUUUACUAGUACAAAGACAAUAAAUAUUAGCUGGUGAACUUCUAAAUAUUAUGUGAAUUGAGCUGACAAAUACAAAAUCAUUAUUUUCAGUACUGUAUUUAUUUAAGAAUAGCUAUUAUAAAACAGUAAAACUUGGUCGUUCAUACAUAUCCCCUACAAAUUUCUCCCUGAAAAUGGAAUCUCACCCGGAGGAAAGAACCGUACAGGAAAUCGCACUAAAUAAUCCGAUUAUUUUGACCGAAAUCUUGAAACAGGCCGCCACCCCUUUGAGAACUGCCCGACUAGUUUGUCACUUUUGGAACGAGAUCGCCCUCACCCUUCCAAAUACGAGACUUUCUCUAAUCCUGAACGACAAAUACUUCCGAGACCAAGACCCCUUUUCCUUCUCUGCGUUACUUUUCUCAUUGGAAGACCGACUCGCGAAACGGAUAAGCUUCAAGUGCUACACCGAAGUGACAUACGAGGACGGCGAGGUGGAACCCACCGUCUUCAUCUACUACUUUGCCUCCAGACUGUCCCACUUUUGCGAUAAAUUUUCCGAUACCGUGCAAAUUUUGGAGUUUUCCAUCGACAACGAAGUCUGUUUAAAAUAUAUCCAUCAAGCCUUGACAAAUUGGUGCCAUAAUUUGCGACGGUUGCGAGUUUUUUGCGAAUUUACGACUCUCAAAGAAAUUUCGCUGGACCCGCUCCCCCCAAAACGAAAGUUGCAAGCGUUCAUAAUCUAUUCCCCAAUACAGGCGUCGGUUCUUGGUCUUACCAGUUUUAUUCAGGUCGUUGUAAACGCGUCGCCAAACUUGAGAAAUAUCAAAAUUCCAUGGGGAUGCUUUCCUAAUUUUGCAAAUUCAAAAUUUCUCGAGUCCUUAACAAUCUCUUUGGAAGCCCUUUGUACACAUGACAUCGCUGCCUUUGAACCUUCAGGGCUGUUACGGAUGCUUAAUCAGAUUGGGGAUCAACUGGUCAGCCUAUAUUUUGGGGAAUCUGAUCAAAUACAAUGCAUCGACGAUUACGGCCUAAGCAACUGGACCAGGAAAGAAUUCCGGUUGCCGAAAAGAAUGCCGAAAUUGGAAAAGUAUAAGAACCUGCUGGUCGACGUUUUUCGGUGCGACGACGUCUUGGCAGACUUUGAAAGGAUGCCCGUCCUGAAAACCCUGGUGAUUGGGAAGACAGAUUCAACAAGUUCGGCAUGUUUGCACGAAUUUUUGCAAACUAUUUUCAAAGCGGGCAAGAUUUUAGGAAGUGUGAAGAAUUUGAAGAUUUUUGAGUUGCAUGAUCCCAAGCUUUUGGAGGGAUUGAAGACCGCGUUUCCGAACUUGGUGAGAUUGGAGGUGGGCACGCAUAGCAGAACGGACGAGCGUGGGGAGGAGAGUGGGAUGAAGUUGGGCGUGGUUCUGAAGGCGUGUGGGGGUUGGGGAGGGUUGAAACGGAUAGAUUUGUCGCUGCCGAGGUAUCCAAAAGAAGCACGAGACGUUAUCCCAGCUCUGUUGGAAGGACGUGAAUUGUUCAAAGGGCUGAAAACUUUCGAAAUUAUAUACAACCUUUAUACGAGAAUUAUGAAACAACAUUUAACACUGGACGAGUUGGAUCUCUUUAAGGAACUGCUCCUCGCGAUGAAUGGGAUGGACGAGAUCAUCAUUUCCUACCUUCUUCAGUUCAGCGAAAAAUCUGAGAGAAAGAUAUUCGAGUUCAUGCUGUCAAAAAACCUGACCGUCUCGAAGUUUAGAAUAUUUCAAGCCAAAUCGACCCUUUUCAGGAGCAAUUAGUUGCAAAUUUGAUCCACGAUGUACUAGCAAUAAGAUUCGACCCAGCGACGACAUUAAUUAAGGAUCGCAACUUAAUAUGUCAAGAUAUCUACAACUAGUGUGAAGGUUUACGAAAAGUUUCUAGCUCUGAAUUAAUUGUUUAAUUGAUGGAUAUUUAUAUGAAAAUGAAGCUUUUAGUAUUCCAGUUAAAAACGAAAGCUUUAGUGUUACAGAGUAGGUAAAUGAUCCGUAAAAAUUUUAAUAUCAAAUUUGUACAUAAAUCUGUAUGUAAUGCGCGCAAUUUAAUUUAUAACGUCUGAAAAAUCGCUUAAAAAAUGCUCGUCGCGAUUAGUAAAAUGGAAUUGUCAGGGACACGAGUAAGUGACACUAACGUGUUUUUGCAUAUUUUGUUUGUAGACAAUCAGUGGAAAUUGUCCUGGAUUUCAAAGAAUGUCGAAUGAAAUGUUUCGCUAAUAAGUUUGGGAUCCUAACGAGCGAAAAGAUCCGCACAAAAUGUUGGGGAUUAUCUGUUUUAAUUAAUGUUCAUACUUAAGAUUUGUCUAUGAUCUAUGCACAUCCAAGGCUUAUUUCUUGAUGACAUGUCACAUUUGUAAAAAAAAUCCCAGUUUCUCAGCCAGGCUGAUGGGUUUGCUUUUCGAAACUUUUUUCCUGGGUAUGCAUUGAGUUGUCCGAUAUCAUGGAAUUCUGCAUUUGAGUAAUUUUAUUCAAACAGGAAUCAGGUGGAAUUAAAAAUUUCCAGGGUACGAAUACUUUUUUGGUAUUGCAAAUACACAUUUUCGGGAAAUAUAAGUAACAUUGUUGCUGCUGGCGGAUUUAACUUUAAAAUGAUAACCGAAUAUGAACGUAGAUGCGAUUAGUGGUAUUUGUUCAAAUUUUCAUGAACAUAAGCCAACCCAUGCGAAAGUUAUAGCUUCCGUCCGGAACCCUAUGCUGGGGUUACGAAUACUUCUUUUAUUGACUGUAAGUUGAAAAAAUUAAGGUUUUUCUAAAUUACUUCAAAACUGUUCAAAAUCUGACUCAUGAUAACUUUAACCCUUUAAAAUAUAACGAAGACAAUAGUCGUUUUAUAAGAAAUGGUUUAAUUCGGGAGUAAGACAAAAG